GCAAAGAGCCACAUCUCGGGAUUACGGAAUAUUCCCUUACCCAAACACUUGUAGAAUAAAUGACUAUAUCCCAAUAAAUUGCUAACGAUAUCAAGUACAAGUUCUACUACCCGUUUACGAUACAACUGGACAUAUUCUCCGUCAUAAAGAUAAAAAUCAGUUGGCUGCCGACAAAUCCGCAACCGAUUUCAACCCAAAAUUCUACAAAAUAUUGAUUGUUUAUCUUCAACCUGCUACGAUAUUGGAGAGUCACCGAUACCGUCAUUAGUAGUACCCCUACUCCAAGAAUUCUCCAUAGUUCUAAUGGCGCUGGGCCUCAUAUAUCUUUAGGGAACCGGAGCCAAUCAAUCCUCACUUGGAAGUGGAAGGUGGUGGUACCCGGUUGUGGGAGAACUUGGAAUACCAAAAACCGGAUCGGCCUGACAACGGUUACAAAAAAUAUCCUUUAAAAGGAUAACUGUGAUAAUAGGAUACCAGUGAACAAAGUCCCCAAUCACAAUGACUUUCAAUUCAAAAUAUCAUCUGGAUGUGGACUUUGAGGUGCCGAAGAAGCUGCAAUGGUAUUACGCUCCCGCCUUCUUUGCCUUCUGGCUGGUCUUGUACUUUUCCGUGGUCAACACCCAAAUCAACCACAUGCCCACACCUCUAUUGCGCAGCGAUGAGGCCAGUAACCCCACAUCCUUUAUCGCACAAAGAGCUGAGGAGACCCUUAUCGAGCUGACCCGCAUCGGGCCUCGAGUGGUGGGCAGCAUCACCAACGAAGAGACCACGGUGGAGUUCCUUCGUUCCGAGGUGGCCAAGGUGGAGGCCGAGAUGAGCGAUCGGUAUGAGAUCGAAGUGGAUGUUCAGCAGGCAAGCGGUGCCUACAUGCACUGGGAGAUGGUGAACAUGUAUCAGGGUAUUCAGAAUGUGGUCGUUAAGCUAUCGGAGAGGAACUCUACCAACGAGAACUACUUGCUGAUCAACAGUCACUACGAUUCUGUGCCUGGCAGUCCGGGAGCUGGUGACGAUGGUUCCAUGGUGGUGACUAUGCUGGAAGUAAUGAGGGUAAUAGCCAAGACAGGUGAUCCACUUGCCCAUCCCAUUGUAUUUCUCUUCAAUGGUGCUGAGGAGAAUCCUUUACAAGCGUCGCACGCCUUUAUAACUCAGCACAAAUGGGCCCAUAACUGCAAAGCUCUUAUCAACCUGGACUCCGCGGGCAGUGGUGGCCGGGAAAUCCUCUUUCAAUCCGGACCCAAUCAUCCCUGGCUUAUGAAUUACUAUCGGAAUGUUCCACAUCCUUUUGCCAAUACCCUGGCCGAGGAGCUCUUCCAGGCUGGUUAUAUUCCAUCAGACACGGAUUUCCGCAUCUUCCGGGAUUUUGGAGGUGUUCCCGGUCUAGACAUGGCCUACAUCUUCAAUGGCUAUGUUUAUCAUACCAAGUACGACAGGAUAAAUGCUUUUCCGAGGGCUUCUUUUCAGCAUACAGGUGACAAUGUCCUGUCCCUGGCACGAGCUCUGGCUAAUGCCCCAGAAAUGGAUGAUACUGAGGCCCAUGCUGAAGGACACAACAUUUUCUAUGAUUUCCUGGGCUGGUUCAUGAUCUUUUACACCCAAACCACUAGCAUCAUUAUAAACGUGGUGGUGGCUGUGCUGGCUCUUCUGGGAAUCGGAAUCUCCAUAUAUUUCAUGUGCCUCCGAUCCGGUUGCAGCUGGAAGGGCGUCCUGCUGCGUUUCGCCAUCACCUUUGGCAUUCAGCUUGUCUCCGUGUUCCUGGCUAUAGGACUUGCCCUGCUGGUGGCUGUUUUCAUGGACGGCGUAAAUCGUUCCAUGACUUGGUUUACUUCUUCCUGGACUAUCUGGGGUCUGUACCUUUCACCGAUUAUCUUCGGCUUGGGUAUACUGCCAGCCUUGUAUCUGGAAAGGACCAAGCGAGAUCCCUUGGGCUUAGGCUUCCGCAUCCAACUGUUCCUGCACUCACAUUGCCUUUGUCUGAUUCUGAUCAUGUUGAUCCUAACCGGAAUGAGCAUUCGAUCAGCUUUUCUCAUAAUGGUCUGCUUGGUAUUCGACAUUAUCGCUUUAAUUGUGAAUCUGGUAACCAAAUGGCAUCGUAAGGCCUAUUUGUUUGCCAUUGCUGUCAUGGUAUGCCAGAUCCUGCCCUUUAUUUUCUUCACAUAUCUGUGUACAACUGCUCUGAUUACUAUGGUGCCCAUGCAAGGACGUUCAGGGUCUUCUACAAAUCCUGAUUUAGUUGUGGCAGGCAUGGUUUGGCUUUUCUCUCUAAUGUUUGCGGGUUUUAUUGUCCCAUUGACAAUGUUCUUUCGCAAGACAAGAACCAUAGUCCUUUGCUUCCUAGGAAUUACUAUUUUGUUCAUCAUCAUUGCUGUCACAGAUGCCGGUUUUCCCUACAAAGAAAAGACAUCGCCACAGCGAUACUCUAUGAUUCAUGCCCACCGUCGUUUGCAUAAUGCCGAUGGAAGCACUCGCAUAGAUGAGUCCGGCUUGUACAUAUAUCCCCAGGAUAGACGCUUCGACAUAGCACAUGAUCAAAUUGAAGCCUUUGGUGAAACUCAUAAGGUCAGUGACUUUUGCCAUGAGGAAAUGUUUUGUGGCAUGCCGCUUUACAAUCAUCGCUGGAACAAGGCUCGAGAAUAUAGCCUUUGGGUGGAGACAUCGGAGCAACCGGAAGUACCCACCGAAUAUCCAAAGCUUGUGCUGCAGGACAGCAUUGAACUGGAGAGUGCUGGCCAGAGGCGAUUCAACUUCACCCUGGAAGGACCCUCGCAUAUGGGAAUAUUUAUUAACGUAAAGAACGAUGCCAAAAUACUGAACUGGUCCUUCAACGACACACUCAUACGUGAAAAUGAGGAACCACCGUUCAUGGUUUACUUUUCUUACGGACUGGAUGAUAGUCCCCUGGAAUUUACCAUUGAUGUAGAGAAGACGACAUCGACAUUUGACACACCCACCCUAGAGAUUGGUAUUGGAGGUCACUGGGUUACACAGGACAUCACUGCCAUCGAUAAGCUCAGCAGCUACAUCAGUCGGUUUCCCUCGUACGCCUACAUUCAGGGCUGGGUCGGGUCCUAUGAGACCUGGUACUUCUAAGGUCACAACCCGCAAUGAUAUUAUUUCCGAUUUACUAAUUGUAGUCAUUAGGCGUUAAUGUUUAACUGUAUAGAAUCAGGCAUAAAAAAUUCAUAUUUUAUUAAACUACAAUA